GACCACUGGUUUUUCCUGUUUUACCCUCUAUGUACGGAAGUGCCGACUGUGAUGUAAACUACCGCGGCGAACCAGUUGACAUUUUGUAGUGUGUAGACGCGGUGUAAAGUGAAUCAAACUUAUGGUACAUCGCCGCUCACGACUUGCCAGCCGGCUGAGAUGCUGAUGCAGGAAAACAUGGCCGACUGCGUGGCUUUUCAGAGCAAGUUAACCUCCAUCAUGGACAUGCUAGCCAAGGCGGCAGUUGUAGAAAUAAGUAAACUGUGGGAGGACGGCUUGGCUUUCGUGCAGGUGGAGGUGCAGAGGAGGGAGAGCGAAAUUGAGGAGCUGAAGAGGAAGUUGGCGUACAUGGAAAGUGAAAACGAGCGGUUAGCAGUGGCUUCCAAAGCUCCGGGCUCGUCCCUGUCCUCCUCCUCUUCUUCCUCCUCCUCCUCCUCCUCCUCCUCCAAGACGGAGCAACACAAGAAGCUGCUGCCACCCACUGAUGACGGGUCCAUGAUGGAUCCAGGCCACAGGAUGCCUUCAGAGCAGUAUGUAAGAGAGAAGGCGGACACCCCGGUGAAUCAGUCACCACCAUCACCCGCACAGACGAAGGAGAGACAGUGUGAGCCGCACAGUAUAGCUGACAGUGGAGAUGAUGAAGAGUUAACGGUCAAACUGGAGGAAGAGGAGGAUGAGGACGAUGUCCAGAUUGUGGAGCAGUCAUUAGACACAGAGCACAGCAGUAACGCCGCGACAGAUCCAAACCAUCAACCCCCUGAUGUCAUGGAGGAAAGAGAGAGCCAGCACUGGUCGUCUGUUUCGGUCGGAGACAGUGACACCACAGAGGACUCGGACUGCUUUUUUGGACCCGAGCAGUAUUCACAAAAUCUGGACAACGAAAUCCAGCUCAUUCAGAGCGCGCUGGACAGUCUUGAUGGCAAUCCGUCAGAGAUGGGAUACAUUGAUAAGUUAAUGAGGGACAACAUGACGAGGACUCCCGUGGGGUUCAGUCAGGCGCAGACAGGACAGCCUAUGGACACGAUAAAUCACCCAGAGAGGGGGCUGACGGUCAGGCUUCCCUCAGAGAAACAGCCACACAGUGAGUGCAUGUCCUCCCGGCACCCAGAUGGCCGGUUCUCCUUUCACGCCAAUGGACACGACGCAGCUCAGAAAGCUCUGAAGGCCCGCUGCGUGAGGGAGAAGUGGUUUAUUUGCCCGUUCUGUGGCAAGAGCUUUGAUCGCGCGAGCCACCUCGAGAUGCACCAGCGAAUUCACACAGGAGAGAAACCGUACAUGUGUGAAACGUGUGGCAAGCGGUUCACUCAGAGGAGUAACCUCCGCACCCACCAGCGGACUCACAAGGAACUUCAGUUGCAUUUAUAGAAAUUUAAUUGUACUUUGUUUAUUCUUGUCAUUUCCAAUAAUGAAAAAAAUGGAAAUAUCUUUGUAGCAUCUAUGUUGAAUGAUACAGUUUUGUAAUUUGAUAUAUCACAGAAAGUGAAUGUAGCCCAACUGAUUUUGGUGUCUACACCAAAUUUUACUAAUUCACAGCCUCAACUCAAUGCAGUGUAACCCGGCUGAGCUGACCAUUGUCCUCUGUGGCUCAUAAUGACUCAAAAUAUUAUUUAAUUGUAGGUUGAUUGAAUCAAUUGAUUGAAGUAAUUGUGGAUCAGAUUUUGAAAUCCAUCUUGUAAUCCCUGCAUGGAAAAUCAGUUAAGACGGUUUGCCUGUUUAAAUGGGUACUGGGGAUAUCCAUCUUGUGUGUCACUGUUAUCAAAAGGCAGUAUUCAGUCUUGCAAUGGAAAAAUAUCUCCAUUUUAACAAGUAAUUUAGUCUCAUUCAGUCUGAAAUCUGAAAUACAUCUCGAAACAAGUUGAUUGGCAUUGGAAACAUAUGGGUUUAUCUCAUCCAGUUUGCUGAUUUUUUUUUUUUAUUAUUUAUUUGAAAAAAAAAAAAAGAAAAACAUCUUAACCCUUUAUAGGGCAAGUGACUAUUUUUGGUA